AUGACACUUUCCAAAAAAAAAAUAACUAAUAAUAGUAAUUAUAAUGACAGUAAAGAAAAAAGAUGUUCGGAAAAAAUGGCAUUGCAAAAUCAAGGAUAUUUCUUUUCGACAAGCUUAAAAAUUGGCUCGCCAGUACAAACCAUUGAGGUCUUAGUGGAUACAGGUUCAUCUGACUUAUUCAUUUCGAGCACUUCUAAUCCAUAUUGUGGUAAUAUUUGUCAACAAUUUGGUGCCUUCAACCCAAAUAAUUCAGAAAGUUAUAAGGAAUUGCCAUAUGACUUCUUUAGUUAUUUUGGUGAUGGAACUGUGGUUAAUGGGACCUGGGCAUCUGAAACCAUAACAUUGGAUAAUGGCAAUAAGUUACCAGACCUUCAAUUUGGUCUAGUCACCACUGGGCAAGCAUUGGUCAGCGGUGUCUUGGGUUUGGGUUUAACAUCAUUAGAAAGCGUUGUAAAUUAUGAAAAUUGUCCUAAUUUAUAUUAUGAUAAUUUCCCAGCAAGUUUAAGCAAAAAUGGUUUAAUUGCAAGCAACAGCUAUUCCAUACAAAUGUUUGCAGAGACAAGCUCUAUAAUAUUUGGGGGCGUUGAUUUGGGUUUAAUUGAAGAUGGUUUUAUGUUCACUUACCCCUUAAUUUCUGAUUCUAGAUUUGCAAUCACCAUGCAAUCAUUAAAAAGUGCUGGGAAAACUAUUAUUAAAAAUAAAGUUUCUGUUUAUUUAGACACGGGUACAACAACAUUAACCUUGCCCCAAAACUACGCCGACUCUUUGGCUUCAACGUUUAAUGCCACGUGGGAUUCUAAUCAAUUUGCUUAUAUGCUUCCUACUUGUGUUGAUAAAAGCAGGAAAGACAUAGUAGUUGAAGUCAACUUUGGUGAUAUCACUAUUAACAUCGAGUCAUCCGAUAUGAUUGCUGAGCAAGACGGCCAAUGUGCAUUAAAUUUGUUGCCAACAAACACAAACCAGAUUAUAUUGGGUGAUCCUUUUUUUUUAAAUGCAUAUACUGUUUUUGAUCUAGAUAACCGUGAAAUAUCGAUUGCCAAAUUGAAUAAAGAUCCAUUUUAUAGUUCCGUAAAGGAUAUUACUUACUGGGUUCCUGGUGCUAUCAAGGGAUGGUAUUACGGUUCCACUGCAAAAAGAACAUUUAAUCGUGCAACUACCACUACCAUAUUAUCGGUAAAUACGGCAGCUAAUGAAAAGUAUGAAGCUUUCAAAGAUAUUGAAGGUUUUGACAAGUUUUGGGAAUGA